AUGCUCACCGCCCCUAAUGCCGACGGCCGCCCGCUCUUCGCCGCCAAAGACAUCAACGCCUUCUACCUGGAGCACUGCCCAAAGAUCUUCCCUCGCGUCAAGCGCGGGCCUCUCGGCUUGCUGAAGAGCAUCAAGGGGCCCAAGUACAACGGCAAAUAUCUGCACUCCGUCGUGCGAAAGCUGCUCGGGGAGACACGCGUGAGUCAAGCCUUGCAGAACAUCGUCGUCCCUGCCUUCGACAUCAAGCUGCUGCAGCCAAUCAUCUUCUCCAGAUACGACGCUCAAAGCGACGUCUCCAAAGACGCCCUCCUCUCCGACGUGUGCAUCAGCACGUCCGCCGCGCCCACCUACCUGCCCGGCCACCACUUCGAGACCACGGACAGGCACAGCAAGCCACGCGCAUUCAAUCUGAUCGACGGCGGCGUCGCGGCAAACAACCCGACGCUGCUGGCCAUGACCCACGUCAGCAAGCAGAUCCUCAUGGGCAACAAUGAUUUCUUCCCCAUCAAGCCGGCCGACUAUGGGAAGUUCCUCAUCCUCUCCCUCGGCACCGGGUCGGCCAAGCUCGCGGACAAGUUCGAUGCAGCCCAGUGCAGCAAGUGGGGCAUCUUCGGGUGGCUCUACAACAAAGGUGUGUCGCCGCUCAUCGAUAGCUUUUGUCAGGCAAGCGCUCACCUUGUGGACAUCCACGCAUCCGUGCUCUUUCAGGCGCUGCAUUGCGAGAGGCGCUACCUUCGCAUCCAGGAUGACGAUCUCAAGGGGAACACCUGCUCCGUCGACGUGGCCACGCCAGAGAACUUGAACAUGCUUGUCGACGUCGGCAAGGCACUACUGAAGAAACAGGUGUGCAGAGUGGACGUCGAGACCGGAAAAAGCGUGCCGGACUUGAAGAGGGGCACCAACGAGGAAGAGCUGAUCCAUUUCGCCCGAAUGCUGUCGCAUGAACGCAAAUCCAGGCUCCAAAAGAAGCAGAGCAGCGCUGCAAAGUAA